AUGGGGGCGCAACUCGUGCUAAAGAGCACGCAGGCCAAGGUGUUAUUCGUUGAGUCCGCCUCCUCCUACGCCGCCAUGAAGGGGUGGAUUGGCGAGGUGGGGCAGCUGCAACAUGUGAUUUGCUUUGAGGACCAGCUGGGUGAGAGCAUCUACGCUGUUGUAAUCAACAUAGCUGCGGAUGUACCAGAGAAUAUCGUUCCACGCAAAGACAUCACCUCGGAGGAUACUGCCAUGACUAUGUUAACCGCAGGCACCACCGGGCCUCCAAAGGGUGUGAUGCUCUCACACCAAAAUAUGAUGGCAAAUAUUGGCUCCAUUUACGCCCACGUCGGUGACUCUCUGACACAUACGGACUUAUUUAUGUCGUUGUGUUCCUGGUGUAUUGCUGGGACACUUACAGUUGAGCUCUAUCAGUCAAUCUGUAAAGGAGCCUGCAUUUGCAUUCCGCCUGAGUAA